CCCGCUUUACCAAUGUUAAAAUCUGGUCACCUUAUUAUAGAGAAAACCACCAUCUCUACACCUCCAGUCCCAGGGCGAGUUCACUUCGGUGUCAAGUUCCCUGGGGUAAGUUCUCUUCUAGAAGAAUCGGGGUGGGGGGGGCGGGUAGGAGUAGGACGCAGGGCGUCUAGUUCAAUGAGAGGAUUCAAGGUGUAAGAGAAAAGGGAAGGGGCUGAACCCAGCCCUGGGGAUCAGACGGCUCCUGGGACAGGACUCAAGAGACAGCAUGAGGAACCGCGCUCGUUGCAGGAGAGAGAUCAGGGGAAAGUCCCAGGUUCCGGGCGUGGAAUCUCAGGGAUCCCAGUCCCAAGGGCUGUUUGGGGUGGGGAAGCUCAGCGACAGACACUCCCAUCUCCUCAGCUUUUCGCUUCUUUAUCUCCCAACCCUGGUCAGGUCCUCCUUCCUGGUUACUCAGGAUUACACCAGUUCUCACGCCCACUGGGUGCGGGUUUCUAGAGAAGCCAAUCAGCGUUGCCGCGGUUCGCGGUCGUUAAGUCCCGCAGAGCUACCUAGACUCAGCGUCUGCUCAGACUCCCAGGAUGGGGGUCACGGUGUCCCGAACCACCCUUCUGCUGCUGUCGGCGGACGUGGUUACGAACCAGCUACCUGUCGAGACCUGGGCGGGCUCCCACUCCCUGCGGUAUUUCUCCACCUCCGUGUCUCGACCCGGCGGCGGGAAGUCCCGGUUCAUCGAAGUUGGCUACGUGGACGACACGCAGUUCGCGCGGUUCGACAGCUACGCGGAGAAUCCGAGGAUGGAGCCGCGGGCGCCGUGGGCGGAGCGGGAGGGGCAGGAGUAUUGGGACGAUGUGACACGGCACGUCAAGGGCCUUGCACAGGCUGACCUAAAGGGCCUGGAGAACCUGCGCGGAUACUACAACCACAGCGAGGCCGGGUCUCACACCCUCCAGGGGAUGUUUGGCUGCGACGUGGGGCCGGACCGGAGCCUCCUCCACGGGUACUUGCAGUCGGCCUAUGACGGCGCCGACUACCUGGUCCUGAAUGAGGACCUGCGCUCCUGGACCGCGGCGGACAUGGCGGCUCAGAUCUCCCAGCGCAAGUGGGAGGCGGAGGGUGCGGCGGGGCGCUGGAGGGCCUACGUGCAAGCGGAGUGCGUGGAGUCGCUCCUCAGAUACCUGGAGAAGGGAAAGGACACGCUGCAGCGCGCGGAUCCCCCUGAGACACGUGUGAUGCGCCACCCCAUUUCUGACCAUGACGCCAUCCUGAGGUGCUGGGCCCUGGGCUUCUACCCUGCGGAGAUCACACUGACCUGGCAGCGGGAUGGGGAGGACCAGACCCAGGACAUGGAGCUUAUAGAGACCAGGCCUUCAGGGGACAACAGAACCUUCCAGAAGUGGGCAGCUGUGGUGGUACCUUCUGGAGAGGAGCAGAGAUACACGUGCCAUGUGCAGCACAAGGGGCUGCGGGAGCCCCUCACCCUGAGAUGGGAGUCAUCUUCUCAGCCCAGCAUCCCCAUGGUGGACAUCGUUGCUGGCCUAGUUCUCCUUGGAACUAUGCUCACUGGAGCUGUGGUUGCUGCUGUGAUUUGGAUUAAGAAAUGCUUAGGUAGAAGAGGAGGGGGCUACAUUCAGGCUGUAGAGAGAUGGGAGUAGGAUGCCUCCAUCCCUGACUCAACUUUAUGGUACACUGUACUACUUCCAUACUGAAAAUAAGAAUUUCAAUAUAAAUUUGUUUUCUCAAAUUUUUCCUAUGAGAGAGACAAGAGAGUAAAUAAAAGGAAGACCUG